AUGGACAGCAGAGGGAGGAGAGGAACCAACGGAUCGUUCAAACGCUCGUCCAUCAAACGCAGCGCGUCCUCUGGAUCACAGAAGACGCAGAGAGCGUGGAUCGAGAGAACUUUCCAGAAGAGAGAAUGUAUACAGAUUAUUCUCAGCAAAGACCCCAGCAGGUGCAGCUGUGGUCAGCUGGUGACACAGCACACCUCUGUCCCUCCAGGGCCCAAAGAGGAGGGGGCUCCUCUGGUUCAGCUGGAGGUCCAACCUACAGAGAGAUGGAGCCCCCUGAGACACACCCACACCUCCCCAACCGACUCCUACGGAGUCAUCGAGUUCCAGGGAGGAGGACACAUAAACAAGGCCAUGUACAUCCGGGUUUCCUAUGACUCCAAACCGGACCACCUGCUCCACCUGAUGGUGAAGGACUGGCAGUUGGAGCUGCCCACGCUACUCAUCUCCGUCCACGGAGGGCUGCAGAACUUUGACCUUCCUCCCAAACUGAAGCAGGUUUUUGGGAAAGGACUGAUCAAAGCAGCUGUGACCACCGGAGCCUGGAUCUUCACCGGAGGGGUCAGCACCGGAGUGAUCCGCCAUGUUGGAGACGCUCUCAAAGAUCAUUCGUCAAAAUCCAGAGGAAAAGUGUGUGCCAUCGGUAUUGCACCGUGGGGCAUCAUCGAGAACAAAGAAGACCUCAUUGGGAGAGACGUGACUCGGUCCUAUCAGACCAUGUCCAACCCGCUCAGUAAGCUGUCUGUGCUGAACAGUAGCCACUCCCACUUCAUUCUGUCCGACAACGGGACCAGUGGGAAGUAUGGCGCCGAGGUCAGACUACGGCGGCAACUGGAGAAACACAUCGCCUUGCAGAAGAUCAAUACACGUCUAGGUCAGGGUGUCCCCGCAGUGUGUCUGAUCCUGGAGGGCGGUCCCAACGUCAUCUCCAUCGUGUUGGAGAGUCUCAGGGAGGAGCCUCCGGUCCCCGUGGUCGUCUGCGAUGGCAGCGGCCGAGCCUCUGACAUCAUCUCCUUCGCGCACAGAUACUGUGAGGACGACGGGUCACUGGGUGACGGCGUCAAAGAUCAGCUGCUGGUCACCAUCCAGAAAACCUUCAACUACAGCCGCAGCCAGGCGCAGCAGAUCCUUCUCAUGGUGACAGAGUGCAUGAAGAAGAGAGCGCUGAUCACAGUGUUCAGGAUGGGCUCAGAAGGACAGCAAGACAUUGAGAUGUCCAUUCUGACCGCUCUCCUCAAAGGUACAAAUGCUUCGGCGUCUGAUCAGCUGAGUUUGGCUCUGGCCUGGAACAGAGUGGACAUCGCUCGCAGCCAGAUCUUUGUGUACGGACUCCACUGGCCUCCUGUGAGUGCUUUAACCAGUGACCGGCCUAAAAGUCCAGCAGCCCAGCGGGCAGCAGCAGGAGGAGGAGGAGGAGGAGGAGGGAAAGGGAAAGCUAGGGGGAAGAAAGGAAAAGGAGGUAAAACCAAACCCGAACCACCAGAGGAGACGGACCCCAGGAAACUGGAGCUGCUUAGCUGGGUGAACUCUCUGGAGCAGGCCAUGAUGGAUGCUCUGGUGUUGGACAGAGUGGACUUUGUCAAACUGCUGAUUGAGAACGGCGUCAACAUCCAUCACUUCCUGACGAUCCCUCGUCUGGAGGAGCUGUACAACACGAAGUUGGGACCGGCCAACACGCUUCACUUUGUGGUCAGAGAUGUCAAAAAGGGAAAUCUUCCUCCAGAUUAUCAGAUUACAUUGAUUGAUAUUGGCCUGGUGCUGGAGUUCCUGAUGGGUGGAGCUUAUCGCUGCAACUACACCAGGAAGAGCUUCAGGACGCUGUACAACAACCUGUACGGCCUCAAGAGACCUAAAGCUCUGAAACUUCUUGGGAUGGAGGACGAUGAGCCUCGACCGAAGGGGAAAGGAAAGAAGAACAAGAAGAAGGAGGAGGAGGUGGACAUUGACGUAGACGACCCUGAGGUCAGCAGGUUUCAGUACCCGUUCCAUGAGCUGAUGGUAUGGGCCGUGCUGAUGAAGCGUCAGAAGAUGGCACUGUUCCUGUGGCAGCGGGGGGAGGAGGCCAUGGCCAAGGCUCUGGUGGCCUGUAAACUUUACAAGGCCAUGGCCCAUGAGUCGUCCCAGAGUGAGAUGGUGGACGACAUCUACCAGGACCUGGAGAACAACUCCAAGGAGUUUGGUCAGCUGGCCUACGAGCUACUCGAUCAGUCGUACAAACAUGACGAACAGGUGGCCAUGAAACUGCUGACGUACGAGCUGAAGAACUGGAGUAACUCCACCUGUCUGAAGCUGGCCGUGGCUGCCAAACACAGAGACUUCAUCGCUCACACCUGCAGCCAGAUGCUGCUGACGGACAUGUGGAUGGGCUGUCUAAGGAUGGGCAAGAGUAACAGUCUCAAGGUGAUCUUAGGGAUCAUCUUCCCUCCAGCCAUCCUCCUCCUGGAGUUUCGUCUGGGAGACGAAGCUUCAUAUCAUUCAUCCAGAGACGAGGAUGGAAAAUCUAAAGAGGACGACAACAAAUCCAGCAAGGACGCCGUCUCAAAUGUUGACGCUACGUCAAAGAAAGGAGACGAAGAAGAAGAGCAGAAGAAACACAGGAGGACUCCCAUCGGGAGGAAGAUCUACGAGUUCUACACAGCGCCGUUUACCAAGUUCUGGUUCAAUACGAUCUCCUACCUGGUGUACCUGGCGCUGUAUAACUACAUCAUCUUGGUGAAGAUGGAGCGAUGGCCGUCUCUGCAGGAGUGGAUCGUCAUCUCUUACAUCAUCACCCUGGGACUUGAGAAAGUCCGACAGAUCCUGAUGUCUGAACCGGGGAAGCUGAAGCAGAAGAUCAACGUGUGGCUGGAGGAAUACUGGAACAUCACCGACCUGGUGGCCAUCUCCGUCUUCCUGCUCGGUCUACUGCUGCGGCUGCAGAACGAGCCCUCAAUGGGAUACGGACGCGUCAUCUACUGCGUCGACAUCAUCUUCUGGUACAUCCGAGUCCUCGACAUCUUCGGAGUCAACAAGUACCUGGGACCCUACGUCAUGAUGAUCGGCAAAAUGAUGAUUGACAUGUUGUACUUCGUGGUCAUCAUGCUGGUGGUGUUGAUGAGUUUCGGCGUAGCUCGGCAGGCCAUCCUCCACCCGGAUGAGGAGCCGACGUGGCGUCUGGCACGAAACAUCUUCUACAUGCCGUAUUGGAUGAUCUACGGAGAGGUGUUUGCAGACUCCAUAGACCUUUAUGCAAUGGAAAUCAAUCCUCCGUGUGGAGACAACAUGUAUGAUGAAGAUGGGAAGAAGCUUCCUCCCUGUAUCCCCGGAGCAUGGCUCACUCCCGCCAUCAUGGCCUGUUACCUGCUGGUCGCCAACAUCCUGCUGGUCAACCUACUCAUUGCUGUGUUCAACAACACGUUCUUUGAGGUGAAGUCCAUCUCCAACCAGGUGUGGAAGUUCCAACGUUAUCAGCUCAUCAUGACCUUCCACGACCGUCCCAUCCUGCCUCCCCCCCUCAUCGUCUUCCCCCACAUCUACAUUGUCCUUAAAAGGCUGUGCUGCCACUGUAGACGGAGGCCAGAGGGAGAUCAAGAUGAGCGCGAGAGACGACUCCAGCUGGUGCUGAGUCCAGAUGAGCUGAAGAGUCUGCACGAGUUCGAGGAGCAGUGUGUGGAAGAAUACUUCAGAGAGAAAGAUGACGAGAAACAGUCGUCCAACAAUGAGAGGAUCAGAGUCACAUCUGAGAGGGUGGAGAACAUGUUCAUGCGGUUGGAGGAGGUGAAUGAAAGGGAGCACUCGAUGAAGGCCUCCCUGCAGACAGUGGACCUCCGCCUGGCUCAGCUGGAGGAGUUCUCCGGCCGGAUGAUGAAUGCUCUGGAGAAGAUGGCGGGCGUGGACCGAGCCGAGCUGACCCGCUCACGCUCCAGAGGAUCGUCAGUGUGCGAGCCAUCCUCUCUGCUGCGACACGGCAGCAUCAACAGCGCCGACGGUUACAGUCUGUACAGAUACCAGCUGGAGCACGACGACAGGACAUCUAUGUCCGGAGACACGGAGGGAAACGACCGCAGACCCCAACUGAGUCCAGAGAGACGAGGAGGAAACACUGAGGGAGGAAACACAACAGGUGAGGUGAAGGAGUACGGUUCAACUCUGGAGGUGAGAGGACCGAAGGACAGGACUCAGUCUCUGUCCAAUGUCGAUAUCCUCAUCUCCCCCUGUGAACCCCCCCCUACCAGCCCGGCCUCUCCACAGUCUGGCAAGACUGAUGCCAGCGAGCAGAGACCAGCAGAGAAAACCCGACUGGAAGCUGCGGCAUCCUUCCCUCUGGAGAGGUCAAAGGUCACACAGUACUCGCCCUCGCCGACCCUCAGCAUCUCCCCCUCCUCCAACAAGAAGUCCAUUAGCAACAUCCUCUACAGCCCCACCCACCAGGACCAGCAGGGGGUGACCAGUCAGAAUCCCCCCGCCUCCCAGCAGGUCUCUAGAUCUCUCAGCAUGCCUGGCUGCAGAGACCUUCCCUCCUCUGUGGAGAGGAGUCAAGGUGAUGAGACCAAACAGGAAGUAGAGGAGGGAACGUCCAGGCCAUCAGGUGGCGAGCAGGUGGAUGAUACAGUAUACAGUCACCACAGUAACAGAGGGAGGGGGGAGUCAUCGGAGGAGGAGCUGUUGCUGGGGGAGGACAAGAUGUACCCGACCCUGCGCUCAAAGAGUCUGAACACCAACCCAAGGAAGAUGAGGACGAAGAAGGAGGGCGAGGAGACGCUUCGCUCCACCGGCAGCGUCAAAGACUUGGUGUCAGCGUUCAGCAGGUCUGCAGGGGGGCUGAGGUCUAGGACCAGGUCCAGAGACUCUGACUGCUGAUCCUGGAGGACUGAGGAGACUCUGGACUGUCCACUUCAGGGGUCAAUAAAGCAGACGAUCAAUAUUCUUAUAAUAGUGAGAUGGUUUCAGCUCAUGGUUCAGGUCUCUGGUCGUCACAGUCGGAGAUCAGGAUCUCACAUCAUGAGUGAAAAGAUCAAAACCAGAAUGCAAAAUUAAAGUCCUGCAGGCCUGAAGCUGAUUAAUAUUCUUCUGAUCAAUCAACAUAUCAAUGAAGUGACUUUUGCACAACACAGACACAGCACAAUGAGACAAAGUCAACCGUAUGGUUUCAGUCCUGCUCUGAGGUAGGAGGAGUCGUGGACAGGUCUGAGUCCAGAGUCUGUCCACGGCUACAGGAUGUGACAAGUUCACGUCAUUUCAUAUCAGAAGUUUGAACGUGUAACUAACAAUUAUAUCAAAUAUAUUGAUCACUUGUGAUUAACAGUGUUAAAGAUUAUUGAUGAGCUGACUGUAAUCUGAUCCUGAACUCUCUGAGAACUUCAUAAAAUGAUAUGAAUUUGAAUAUAAAGCAGAGAUGAAGGCUAAAAACUGAAAGUUUGUCGUUGUUUGAACAGAAAUGAUCAUUUUAGAUCAAAUAUAUAACAUGUGUAUUUCAUUAUAAUCAUUAAUGUAGUUUGUUCUGUUAUCACUUAUUGUAUUUUUAUGUUUGAUGAUAUUUAGCAUAAAUGAUCUUUAAUUAAAAUUAUUCUAGAUUAAACUGAGGA